CGUGCAUCCGACAGCUUUGUUUGUUUGGAGACGCCCGCGUUCUUAUCUGUUUGGCGAGUUGGUUGUGUUUUGAGGGUUUGCGGAGCUCAUUGCCACUGUUUGUUCACGCUCUUCGUCGGGACUGCAGCCCGUGGUGUGUCUUUCUCCUGGAGUGUUGUUCUCUAAGGUUAGGUGUAGGGGUUAUCCGCUUGCCUGCAGCGAAGAUUAGACACCUUUCUUAGCAGUUGCAGCGGUCGGUGCUCGCAGCAGGAUGGGCGAUUCCUACCCCGAAACUGAGGAGUUGCUCGACUACGAGGAGGAGGAAGAAGCGGCGCCCGAUGCCGUUGCGGCGAAGACCAACGGCGAGACCGUCAAGAAGGGCUACGUCGGAAUUCACAGCUCCGGUUUUAGGGACUUUCUUUUAAAGCCCGAACUUCUUCGGGCUAUUGUCGAUUGUGGUUUUGAGCAUCCAUCUGAAGGUAAUAAUUUACUCCAGUUUCUUCGUCUGCCCUUUGGAGCCGUUUAAUCUGAACAUGUAAGCAUUUUAUGAGUGUGCCAUCUUAACACGGGCAAUACGCUAUGGGUGGUGAACCAGUCCAACAUGAGUGCAUACCACAGGCGAUUCUCGGAAUGGACGUUAUUUGCCAAGCCAAGUCAGGAAUGGGGAAGACUGCCGUUUUUGUGCUUUCAACUCUUCAGCAGAUUGAGCCUGUCACGGGUCAGGUCGCUGCACUUGUCUUGUGUCACACCCGAGAGCUGGCUUACCAGAUUUGCCACGAGUUUGAACGAUUCAGCACUUAUCUUCCAGACAUUAAGGUGGCGGUUUUCUAUGGCGGUGUUAAUAUCAAAACACAUAAAGAUCUACUAAAGAAUGAGUGUCCUCACAUCGUCGUGGGUACACCAGGCCGUAUUCUGGGUUUAGCAAGAGAUAAAGAUUUGAGUUUGAAAAGUGUGAGGCACUUCAUUCUUGACGAGUGUGACAAAAUGUUGGAGUCACUUGACAUGCGAAGGGAUGUACAGGAAAUUUUUAAAUUAACUCCUCACGACAAACAAGUAAUGAUGUUCUCUGCUACAUUGAGUAAAGAGAUACGACCUGUCUGCAAGCGAUUUAUGCAAGAUCCUAUGGAGAUCUAUGUGGACGACGAAGCAAAACUCACCCUGCACGGACUUGUUCAGCAUUAUAUCAAGUUAGGUGAGGUCGAGAAGAAUCGGAAACUCAACGACCUUCUGGACGCUCUAGAUUUCAAUCAGGUGGUGAUCUUCGUCAAAAGCGUCAGUCGUGCUGCAGAGUUGAAUAAGCUUCUGGUGGAGUGCAACUUCCCUUCCAUCUGUAUCCACUCUGGCAUGUCUCAAGAGGAACGAUUGACACGGUACAAAGGUUUCAAGGAAGGGCACAAGCGUAUACUUGUGGCAACUGAUCUUGUGGGCCGUGGCAUUGAUAUCGAACGUGUCAACAUUGUCAUCAACUAUGAUAUGCCAGAUUCUGCGGACACAUACUUGCACCGAGUCGGUAGAGCAGGUCGAUUUGGAACGAAGGGACUUGCUAUCACCUUUGUGGCCUCGCCUUCUGAUUCUGAUGUCCUCAACCAGGUGCAAGAGCGCUUUGAGGUGGAUAUUAAGGAGCUGCCUGAGCAAAUCGACACAACUACCUACAUGCCAUCAUGAUGUGGAGCGAAGUCUGGCUCUGACGAGUAGGAAAAGCUGGCUGGCUGUUGAGGUCCUGAAUCAGCAACCACUGAUAUAGGGUGGCGAUCGUUAGUUUCUUUUGGAGUGUUGUAGUAGCGGAUUGUGCAGAUGAUAGCUCCUGCGUUCUCUUGUUUAUUCAGAUUGGAUAUAAUCUACUUUUUGCUUCGGCUGGAGCAGUGA